AACGGACUCGCAACUUUUUUGCCGAAACAAGAGAAAAUAACAAAUGUCUCACACAUAAACCAUUACGAAUAUAUCAGAAAACAAAAUAUUAAAUCACUCGCAACACAGAAUAAAAGACCGUAAAAGUAAUCUUCUCAAACACAAAUAAUCCAGCCAUGAUAUUUCUAGAAUGACAGCAUCUGCAGUCUUUUUAUUUUUAGCAUAAGACAGGUCCACAAAUUCUCACACCCACAAGUGACAAUAAUUACCUGUUUUCUCUUCUUCUUUGUCAAAUAUUGGAGAAAUUGUGACUCAAAUUCCAGAGAAAAAAUGACAGGUCCCAAGACAGGCAAUGGUGAGACCACACUGGUACCUCUUCAUCGAAAUACUCAGUAUACGGAUGCCUGCAUGAGGAUCCUGAACGAGCAGUGGCCACGCAGUAAUGCAUUGAGAAUGAGAAGUCUCACUUCAUCUAGUGAUAAUUAUCCAACAAACCUAGUUUUGCUGAGAAAGACCUCCGAUGAUGCCACGGAAGUGAUUGGCCAUUCAAGAAUCAACACACUUCCACAAGGGCAAAGAGAUGUGUGGAUAGAGUCUGUAAUAAUUCGCCAAGAUCUUCGAGGAAAAGGUUUCGGGCGCACUCUCAUGACAGCCACUGAGGACUAUGCCCGUGCUUGUGGCUUUGAAACGGCAUAUUUGUCAACACACGAUCAGCAGGUCUUCUAUGGAAAGCUUGGUUACGAGUUUUGCCCCCCAGUUUGUAUAUACGGGGGUUGUAUCAACCGCAAUCUUCUUCCAAAGCAGUUUCUAACAGCAGUAACUCCACAAAAUAUCAAGAAGGACUAUAGCACCUCACCAAAUAAAGGAAUUGAUAGAGUCUCUGAAUUGUGUAAUGGGAUAUCUGCUCAGUGCUCGCUUGAUAAUAGACUUACCAAUAAUUCAACGCAGUCUGUAGGUACUGCUGGUGUCCUCCCCCACCUCCACCCCAACUCUGCCCCCAGCCCACCUCCACCCCCAGCCCACCCAUGCCUCAAAAAAGACCAAUUUCCAAAGAUGACAUCAAAAGAGUAGAUACAGGAACUCUGGCAAAAAUGUAUAUGAAGAAACCAUUGUUAUAGGAAGACUAUUAUGUGUAAUCAUUAAAUUUCUUUUUUACUGCUGUUGAUGAACUUUGGUGCUUUUUUAUCUUGAUGUAUCAUGAUAAUGAAUUUCUAAAUAAUGAGAUUUUAUGUCA